AAUCACGUGUAGAGAAACCGUUGAUCGUCAUGUCCCUGCUGAAGGAUUCGCUCCGUUCUUGAUUUCAUUUUGGUUGCUAGCGCAUCUCAUUGUUUUUACCACUAUUUUUUCAUACAUUUCACCAAAGAAUGAGCGACAACGAAGAUAUCGAUGUUGACAGUGACCCAUUAUUAGGAGCCGUCCUCCUCCGUGCAGCCUCCACUGACCUGUUUGUACAAGUAACUGGGGAGAAAGUGUAGUUCAUCAACUGGAGGCACACAGUGUAUGGAUCUGUGCAAAACCGCUACAGCUGACAAACGAGCACAUCACAAUGCGCUGGAGCGCAAACGUAGGGACCACAUUAAAGACAGCUUCAGCAGUUUACGGGACUCUGUGCCUGUGUUACAAGGGGAGAAGGUUAGUAAACAAUCUGUCAAACAGGCUUCCCGAGCUCAGAUCCUAGACAAAGCCACAGACUACAUCCAGUACAUGAGACGAAAAAACCACACACACCAGCAGGACAUUGACGACCUGAAGAAGCAGAAUGCAAUGCUAGAGCAGCAGGGUGAGUGUGGGCUCAAGGCCCAGGGACAACUGCAGGUGCAGGAGGUCCGUGCACUGGAGAAGGCCAAGGGGAACACUACGCUCCAGCCCAACUACUCGUCCUCUGACAGCAGCUGGUACACCAACCCCAAAGGGAGCACAGUGUCUGCCUUCGAUGGAGGCUCCGACUCCAGCUCUGAAUCAGAGCCAGAGGAGUCGCCCAAUAGAAAGAAGCUGCGUGUUGAGCCCAGCUAGACUCCAUCCACAGUGCUAGCACCAGAGACUCUCUUAUCCACCAGCCCCCUCCUCUUUCUUUUGGCAGUCUGUUUCCUACCUUCUCAUGCCAGUCCAGGAGACAGAGGGAAGACCAUGUGAGAAAGGUGCCAUCAUAUAUAUAUAUAUAUAACGCUUCAACCUUUCUCCUCCUUCACCAGCGUAUUGUCACUCCUCUCAUAGUGCAUCAACAACUCUCAACACCCCCAAAGUGAGGCAGCUCUGCAGUUGAAGGACUUAAUGCUUUUAAAACAUAAUUAUUCAGAAUCGGAUAUAAAAAUAAAAAUAUGAAGGUGAACAGCUUUAGUCUAGCUACAACAAAUCGUUUUGGAUCAAUGAACCUGUUCCAAGAGUUUGAGAAAAUAUCCAUAGGAAUAGUUGACCUUUUUAAUAUUUGUACUUUUCCACAAAAGAAUGUGAAGUUGCUUUGAAAAAUAUACAUGUAAUGCAACCCUCCAGAAUCAGUGUAGAUGGCUGAAGUUUUCAGUCUUUGAAAUAUUUGUGUAAUCAAAUCCCUAUAUUUAAAGUGAUAUGUUGAAAUUGAUUUCUUAUCCCAUAUUGUACAUUUUUGUUGUUUAACUUUACCACUUGUCAAUGGAGAUUGAUGGAUGAACAAUGUUGGCAUCAUUUAAUAUAUUAAGAAAAUGGAGAUUCAAUUAUUAUAAUAUUUUUUCAAAAUGGAUAAAUACUAAAUGUUACACAAUGCAGUUAAAAGGUAGUAACUUUUUAUUUGUAUUAAAGGAAAAGAAGGCCAUAUCAGUGUAGUGCAUAACACUAUAUACUCUUAAAUGUUGUCCAUUCUACAAAGAAAUCUCUGGAAAUAUUUGCCAUUUAGAUUUUUUAUUUUACAGAUAAUUAGUGUGUAAGAAUUAGAUUUGUUUGAUUCCAUUCUAUGGCAAUUACAGGUGUUGUACGUACUGCCAACAAUUGUCUUGCAAGUUGAGGCAUACCUUUGCUGAGAAACUAUUAUAAAUAAAACUAUUUUAUCCUA